AUGGUCUAUGAAACCAUGGUAGCCUCCAGUAGCAUUUCUAGGCAUUGGACAAUAAGAGACAUUGAGGAAGGGGCACUACUGCCCUUCUGCCACACUUCCAAACUCUUCAACCCAAAACCAACCCAGUCCCCCAGUCAGGCUCCCCAGCCCAACAUCCACCUAGUCCAAAGUCAGGCUCUCCAGCCCAAGACCCAACCAGUCCCUGGGUCAGGCUCCCCUGCCCAAGACUCACCCAGUCCCCCACCUCUAGUGCCAUCUCGAGGUCUAUGGACAGUAAGGGACAUUGAGACCGGCGCACCACUGCUCCCCAGCCCACAACCCAUCAAGUCUCCCAUUCAGACUGUCCUUUAUUCUGCAGCAGCUUCCAGUUCCAAGUCCAGGCCUCUGGACAGAUCCCCAGACCAAGACUCACCAAGUUACCAAACUCCCAAAGCCCAUUACUCUAAUCAGCUCGAAGUUCCACCUCCAACCCUCUGGACACUAUGGGACAUUGCGCCAGGGACACCACUCCCCCUCCUCACUUCCAGUAUCUCUAGACCAAGACCCACCAAGUUCCCCAAUCAGUUUAAGACCCACCAGGUCUGCCAGUCAGACUGUCCUUUUAUUCUGCAGCAGCCUAUUGUUCAAUCUUCAGGCCUCUGGACUUUAAGGGACAUUGAGGCAGGGGCACCACUGCCCACACCACCUAACUUCCAGGCUCCUCAACCCAAGACCCACUCAAUCCCUUUGUCAGCAUCCUCCAUGUCAUAUCCAGGCCUCUGGACAGUAAAGUACAUUGAGAAUCUCUUCCCCCACCUAACUUCCAUGCACCCCAGCCAAAGACCCAACCAGUCCUCCAAUCAGCGACUGUCCUUAUUUCUACAGCAACCACCAGUUCCAUCUUCAGGUCUCAGGAGAGUAAUUGACAUUGAAGCAUGGACACCACUGCCCCCACCUCCCAGUUCACAUCCAUACUCCUCAGCCCAGAACCCACCCUGCUCCCCAUUCAG